UCUGGUCCGGUUCUGACUGUGUGUCUCCCUCAGAUGGGCGACAGCGACGACGAGUUGGACCGUCGGAGACGGGACAAGUUCAGACGGGAACGCAGCGACAUGGAGCGGUCCAGAGAGAGGGAGGAGCGGCGCAGGGACGACUGGGCCGACAGGGAGUGGGAGCGCGGCAGGGAGAGGAGGCGGGACUACGACCGCGGACGCAGGGACCGCUUCUCGCCGCCGCGACACAUCAGCCCGCAGCACAAACGGCUGAGGAGAGACUGGGACGACCACCGGGGGGAGCCGUACCGCUACGAGCCGCCCUACGGAGGAGGCGGGGCUCCGUUUCCGGCGGGGCCUCAGGCCUGGCACCACGACUUCCCCCACCUGCACCCCCACCCUGGAGGGCUCCCCCUGCAGGGCAGGUUGGGGCUGCUGGACCCGGACCUGCCGCCUCCGGGACCGCCCAGCAUGAGGAGCUUCAAGGAGUUCCUGCUGAACAUGGAGGACAGCGUGGACGAGACGGAGGCGGUGAAGCGCUACAAUCAGUACAAACUGGACUUCCGGCGCCAGCAGCUGCAGGACUUCUUCGUCCAGCACAAGGAGCACGAGUGGUUCCGGUCCAAGUACCACCCUGAUGACAUCACAGCCAGGAAAGCGGAGUCUCUGGCCGCCCUGCAGACCCGGCUGGCCGUCUUCCUGUUCCUGCUGGACAACCGCUGGCUGGACGGCGUCUCUCUGGACAUGCAGCACGAGGCGGCCAUCAUCAAGCUGCUGGACGCAGCUGUGAUCAAGAUGGAGGGAGGGACGGACUUUGACCUGCAGGUCCUGGAGGCUCCAGCAGGGGGCGGCGGAGACGCAGCAGAGAAGAGCCAGGCGGCUCCAAAGGAGGGAAGCGGCGGCGCUCAGACGGACGGGACAGACGGCGCUGAGGGAACCAAGGAACCCGACCAGAACCACGAGGAUCCGGGCGGCCCAAAGGAGGAGAGAGAGGAAGAGGAGAAGACAAUGAAGAAGGGCAGGAAGAGGAAGCGCAGCCUGUCGGCGGACAGCGGCGAGGGCAGCGGAGAGGGCAGCGGCUCCGACUCCUCCCACUCUGAGAAGGAGGAAGAGGAGCCCUGUCCAGAGAGAGAGGAGGCUCCGCCCACGCCCCGCCCCCUGCACCUGACCACCUCCCUGUUCAUCAGGAGCAUCGCUCCAGAGGUCGCCAAGGCCGAGGUCACCGCCCUGUGUCGCAGGUACCCCGGCUUCCUGCGGGUGGCGCUGUCGGACCCUCAGCCAGAGCGGAGGUUCUUCCGGCGGUGCUGGGUGACCUUUGACCGCAGCGUCAACAUCAAGGAGACGUGCUGGAACCUUCAGAACGUCAGGCUCAGGGACUGUGAGCUGGCGCCGGUGGUGAACCGGGACCUGAGCCGGCGGGUCCGGACCGUCAACGGCCUGACGCACCACCGGCCCGUGGCGCGGAACGACGUCCGGCUGGCGGCGCGCCUCGUCCACAGCCUGGACCAGCGGGGGGCGCUGUGGACCACAGAGGCCAAGACCAACCCGGUUCUGCAGAACAUCACCGACUAUCUGAUCGAGGAGGUCAGCGCCGAGGAGGAGCUAAUCGGAACCGCCGGCGCCGACGACGAACCCAAGGCUGCCGACGUUCCCGUGGAAACGGACCAGAACCUGCUGCAGGUUCUGGACCGGUUGCUGCUCUACCUGCGUCUGGUCCACUCUGUGGAUUACUACAACUUCUGCGAGUAUCCGUCUGAGGACGAGAUGCCGCACCGCUGCGGCCUCAUCCACAUCCGGGGCCCGCUGCCGGUGGCCCGCAUCACUCCGGCAGAGGUGACUGAACACCUGAGGAUGUGUGAGGAGCGUCUGGCUCCUCUGUUCUCACUGACGGAGACGCUGAGCGAAGAGGAAGCGGUUCGGCUCGGAAAGAAAGACCCGGAACAGGAGGUGGAGACGUUCCUGGCCUCCAACACUCAGGAGCUCAGUAAAGACAAGUGGCUUUGUCCUCUGAGUGGGAAGAAGUUCAAGGCCCCAGAGUUCGUCCGUAAACACAUCCUGAACAAACAUGGCGAGAAGGUGACCGCCGUCAGACAGGAAGUGGAGUUCUACAACAACUUCCUGUUGGACGCCAAGAGACCCGCCCUCCCGGAACACAAGCCCCUCCCACCGCCGGUUCAAGCCGGUCCUCCAAGCAUGGCGGCGUUUCCUGGUCAGUCUCCGCAGCAGCAAAGCCUUCUGGGAUAUCCUCCAGGCGUCAGGCCGCCGCUGCCCGGAUUCCCAGGUGUUGGACCCCACCUGGCGCGCCAGUUCGGGCCGGGCCGCGGUCACUAUGACAACUUCAGAGGAGGAGGAGCGUUUCCAGGGAAACAACGGAGCAGCAGGGGCCUGAGGGGCGACCCGCGGUCCAUCAUCGAGUACAGAGACCUGGACGCUCCGGACGACCUCGACUUCUUAGCUUCUACUUUUUUAUUCCUGUGAGAGAGAGAGAGAGUGUGUGUGUGUGUGUGUGUGUGUGUGUGUGUGUGUGUGUGUGUGUGUGUGUGUGUGUGUGUGUGUGUGUGUGUGUGUGAGAGCAGGACCAACAUCAUGAUCUCAUGAGUUUUUUCCA